AUGCGUUUUCUCUCUCUUACCCUUCCCGCUCUUUGCACGGCGGCUGCGGUUUCCAAGUGCGAGAACCCCAUCAAGCGUGUUGAAUGGCACGAACUCGAUGAUGCAGCACGUCAACAGUACACCGACGCUGUUCUAUGCCUCUCAACUAAGCCAUCUCGUCUCGGUCUCAACACCACUCUUUACGAUGACUUUCCGUAUGUGCACGCUCAUCUGGACAAGCAGAUCCACGCCGUAGCUUCGUUCCUCCCCUGGCACCGAUUCUUUGUGCACGUCUAUGAGGGCGCCCUUAAGGAAUGUGGCUACGAAGGUGUCAUGCCGUGCUGGGACUGGUCUCUGGAUGCCGACGACACGCCCAAGUCUACCAUCUGGGACCCCAAGACCGGCUUUGGCGGUAACGGUAGCCUCAACAAGACCGAAUCUAUCUAUGAUGGGCGUGCUGUUAGAAAGUGCCUCGACGACGGACCAUUCAAAGAUCUCUUCCCUGCUUACCUGACCACCAACUACGAUCCCCAUUGUCUGGCACGAGGAUGGAAUAAUGGAAGUGAAAAUGUUGGGAAGAUGUUAUCUGAGAACUACAAUAAGGAGGCAGUUGCCAAGGUCCAGGAGGUCAAGGAUUACGAUCACUAUCGUCAGAAAUUAGAGAGUGGUCCUCACGGUGCUAUCCACAGUGCAAUCGGUGGUGAUAUGAUUCCCAACACUUCCCCCAAUGAUCCCAUCUUCUUCCUUCAUCACGCCCAGAUCGAUCGCCUUUGGUCUCUCUGGCAGCAAGAAGAUCCCAAGACUCGCACCAUGGAGUUUGCUGGGUAUAAGACCCAGGAUCAGUUUGAUGGAACCAAGCCUGAGCCUGCUUCUCUCGAUGAUAUGCUUCUCAUGCAUGGCUUGGCAGAUGACUUGAAGUUCAAGGAUUUGAUGAGCACCCAGAGCUCAUUUCUCUGUUAUUCUUAUUAG